ACUUAAGAUCCUUAACUUUGCUUUUCGAGUUCUCUAAGAUUUUCCCCGUCUUCCCUUUUAUACAUCCACUGAAAAUAAUAAUGGCUAUCCGCCUGCCUCAUACCGUGAGCUCUAAGAAAGUUCCCAAGGGUUACUUUGCAGUUUAUGUUGGAGAAAGCCAGAAGAGGUUUGUGAUACCAGUGUCAUUCUUGAACCAGCCUUUGUUUCAAGAUUUACUUGGCAUGUCAGAAGAAGAGUUCGGAUAUACUCAUCCUAUUGGCGGUCUCACAAUACCCUGCAACGAAGACCUCUUUGUUGAUGUUACCUCUCGCUUGAAUUGAUUGUGAGAGAAUUAAGAAAAAUCAACCUAUUUUGUAAAGCAAACAUCUAACACAAUGUAAACUCUUUCUUUCCCGUCCUUUUUUUCCCUUGGGGAGCAUAUAUAAGUCUUCCUAAGUGAAAAAUUAGAGAUGGUGGUUACUGUAAGUUCUACAAGUAUGGAAA